AAUUAAAGAUAAUUUACUAGAACAGUGCUCUAAUCAGUAACGCGUGUGGAGAUUCCGGAAAUCCUUGAUAUCUAACCCUUGGCUACCUUAUCAGUGAAGGACAAUCAAUUAACAUGUAUUAUCUACCCCCGUACAAAUUAUAGGUCCGGUUUCAUGACGCCGAUAUUGAUAAGUGAUAUUCAAAUUAGAAUUUAGAACGUAAAUGGAGUGAACGUUUUUUUUUUUAAUUUUCCAAGGAAAUGUCUGUGUUAGUAGUUUUAAACUAUGUGAACCCGUUUAGAAUAGCUAGGGAGUAUGUACGCGUGCCUGUAGAAGCUUUUAUAACCCGCCAGUAUUUGGGUUAUAAGAAAAAGACUGAAGAUGGAAUAUCAAGUGCUAAAGAGCUCUUGUAUAGAGCAGGGAUAGUAACGCUAUUCCUUACAGCUAUUUUGUGGGUAUCUAUAUUCAUGUAUGUAAUUUUUUACUACACAUAUAUGCCCAAUGUGACCCAUGUACGGCCGGUUCAUUUACAAUUCAAAUCGUGUGAUGAGAAUGUUGGUAUAUGCUCCUUCCCGUCAGCUCACGUACAGCUGACAAAACGGAGCUCCAUGCUGAUGUCCACACAGCCGUACCGAAUCAAACUUAUGCUGGACAUGCCUGAGUCACAAAUUAAUAAAGAUUUAGGUAUGUUCAUGGUGUGCGCUCAAAUGCGCGCGAAAGGAGGCGUGCUCGUUUCUUCGUCUUGUCGCUCCGCCAUGUUGAGAUAUAGAUCGAAGCUCCACGAGACACUGCGCACAAUAUUGAUGUCACCGCUGUUCCUCUCAGCGUUGGACGAGGAAAAACAGCAGUUGCAGGUCGAGCUGUUUAGCGACUUCGAAGAUGACCAGAAUUUACCAGUGACUGAUGCAUACGUGGAGCUACAGUCUCGUUUUGCUCAAGUUUACUCGUGCGAACUACACAUACAAGCACAUUUCACUGGAUUGAGAUACUACAUGUUCCAUUGGCCGAAGGUCUCCGCUGUCAUUGGUAUUAACACGAACCUGUUCUUCGUAUCCCUUGUCUUCAUACUCAGCUGGUAUCAUCUCCAAGAUGGCUUCGAUUUUUUGAAGAAUAAAUUUGGAGUUGAUAUCAAGACUGAGGACAAAGGAGCGGCUGGGAAGAUUAAAUUAGAAAGAGAAGAUUCUCCUUCCUUCGCUGUUUACGAAGGAGACAUUCUUCUAGAGGAAUUGCAGCGCAUAGAAAAAUCCAAAGAGAAAGAAAAAGAACAAAAGAAGACGUAGUGUGAUAUAUAAUUGUUUAGUUAGCCUAAAUAAUUUUAUAUUUUAUAACUUUAAAUUAUUAUAUAAUGUCAAAUUUGUGAAUAAAAUUUAAAAUAAAUAUUUAUAGAAUAUUUUUGGAAAAAUUAAUAAUUUCAAUUUAGUAAAAUAUUAUCUGUGCCCGCGACGUCCGCAUGGAAUAGUUAUUUUGGGCAUCAUUGCAGCCCUCAAGGAUGAAUAAAUUUCCCCCUUUUUUUCCACAUUUUCCAUUAUUUCUUUCCUCCUUUUAGUUGCAGCGUGAUGUUAUAUAGCCUAAAGCCUUCCUCGAUAAAUGGUCUAUUCAACACAAAAAUAAUUUUUCAAUUCGAACCAGUAGUUCCUGAAAUUAGCGCUUUCAAACAAACAAACUCUUCAGCUUUAUAAUAUUAGUAUAGAUUAAAUAAAUAUUAGUUUUUUAUUAUUAUUUGUAACUGUCUGUAAGUAGGUAGCUGUAAGCAAAUAAAGACUUAAAAUAUUCAUAAAAUGAACUACGUGCAAUCUAUUUUUAUGUUGUUUUUACUUUGGGAUUUUAAAAUAAAUGUUCUUAUCAAAUUUGA